GAAGGAGCCGGGCCGGGCUCGAAGUUUCCCGGUCGGGGCUCGCGUGGAGGAGGAGAUGGACUGGUCCGGGCUGAGCUCCCAGUGCAGGAACCACAGUCAUGGCUCCCAUUGGUCGCCAGGGAUUGGUCAUCGAAACACCUCUGCACAGGAAAACAGACAACCAACAAAGGAAAAAGAAGCUUUGCCUCUUAUAGAGGACUGUAGUAACUGUGACAUUGUGAAAGCUACCCAAUAUGGGAUUUUUGAGCGAUGCAAGGAGUUGAUAGAAGCUGGAUAUGAUGUCAGACAACCAGACAAAGAAAAUGUGUCUCUUUUACACUGGGCUGCUAUAAACAACAGACUGGAUCUUGUAAAGUUUUAUAUUUCAAAAGGUGCUGUUGUGGAUCAGUUGGGUGGGGAUUUAAAUUCAACCCCUCUUCACUGGGCCAUCAGACAAGGACAUUUACCUAUGGUAAUAUUAUUACUACAGUGUGGUGCAGAUCCCACGCUCGUUGAUGGAGAAGGAUUUAGUGGUAUCCAUCUGGCAGUAUUAUUUCAGCAUAUGCCCGUCAUAGCAUAUCUCAUCUCAAAGGGUCAGAAUAUAGACACAACAGACUUAAAUGGGCAAACACCACUCAUGCUGUCAGCUCACAAAGUACUUGGACCAGAACCCACUGGAUUUCUUUUAAAGUUUAAUCCUUCUAUCAAUGUGGUAGAUAAAGUUCACCAAAACACUCCACUCCACUGGGCAAUUGCAGCAGGAAAUGUUAAUGCUGUUGACAAACUUUUACAAGCUGGUUCAAGUCUGGAUAUCAGAAACAUCAAGGGAGAAACACCACUUGAUUUGGCUCAGAAAAACAGACAUCGGCUGAUUAUCCACAUGCUAACAGUAGAAGCUAAACUAAGAGCAAACAAAAACUUAAGACUUUGCAGGUGGCUACAGAAAUGCGAGCUUUUCCUGCUGUUGGCACUUUCCACUAUUACGAUGUGGGCAAUAGGAUACAUAAUGGACCUCAGUUCAGAUUCUUGGCUUUUAAAAGGAAGUCUUCUCGUUGCAGUAUUUUUUGUUACAUCUUUAUUUCCACGGUUCCUGGUGGGGCACAAGAAUCUCAAGUAUUUGCCAGCCCUUAUUUUGCUGAGCUCCAUUUUUUGGAUAUCCCUGACGUGGUUCAUCUUAUUUUUGCCUGAUUUAACAGGCACCCCUAUUCAGAUUUCUUUCUUUCUCAGUGUGACUGGCCUCCUCUACUUUUUCUACAAAACCUGGGUCACCGAUCCUGGCUACUCUAAGACUUCAGAAGAAGAAAGGAAAACGAAUAUCAUUGCCCUUGCAGAAGCUGGUUGCCUGGAUUUCAGAACUUUUUGCACAACCUGUCUUGUAAAGAAACCAUUAAGGUCCCUCCACUGUCAUCUCUGUAAUUCCUGUGUGGCUCGGUAUGAUCAACACUGCCUAUGGACGGGACGCUGUAUAGGUUUUGGAAAUCAUCACUAUUAUAUAUUCUUCUUAAUUUUCCUUGCCAUAGUCUGUGACUGGAUGCUAUAUGCAACUCUUCUCUACUGGUCCACUCACUGCACUACAACAUACCAUCAAGAUGGAGCAUGGACCUACCUCAGUCAGAUUGUGUCCUGUUCUCCUUGGGUUCUAUACAUCUUCAUGCUGGUGUCUUUCCAUGUAUCAUGGUCUACGUUUUUGUUAUUAAAUCAGUUCUAUCAGAUUGCGGUUUUGGGCUUGACAUCACAUGAGAGAAUCAGCCUGGUGAAACAGAGCAAGCACAUGAAACAGGCUUUUUCACUCAGGAAGACGCCGUACAACCACGGAUUCACUCAGAACCUUGCCGACUUCUUUCAGUGUGGAUGCUUUGGCUUGUUCAAGCCUAGUGCUGUGGACUGGACCUCCCAAUACACUGUGGUAUUUCACCCAGCCAAAGAGAAAGUUUUACGCUCUGUAUGAAGAAAAGCAGUGCUAAAUUCUGAAUUAUAAAUCUGACUUUUUGUUUGUUGGGCUGGGGCACAGAAACAAGUGAAGUUCAGAAGUUUAUCAAAACUGAAGCUAACCCUCAAAUGAAAACAUUCUUCUAGGUCUUCAUAUAUUAGACAAAAUGGGGGCCUUUCAAACAGCUAACUCAUCGCACUUUGUAAUUUCAACAAGAUAAACUUUUCCUGAAUUAUCUCAGCAAGUUACUUAAACUCUUUUGAUACGUUUUUCACCAGAGUAAUGCCACUGUUGAUUUUUUUUUUGAUUUUGAAGAUUAUAUUCGUUGAUUGUGGAUAAAAAUAUAUUUUCGCAUUGUAUUGGCUAUUUCGAAAUAGUUUUAUUCUUAAAACUAGUAAUUUUGG